UCUGAUUUAACAGCUCUAAUGAGAAAAUAAGUUUGCGAAUCUGAUAACCAUGGUGUUCAACUACUGGUUCUGUUGUUUUAUUUUACUGCACAAUUUUUAUCAAGCAUUACAGAUUCACAUCUUUUUUUGUGGUCUUAUAGAAUUAAGGAGUAAAAAUUUAUUUUCAAUUCAGGAGUACCCUCAUGGUGUUGUGCUUGUACCUAUGGGAAGCAGGACAGGAAAACCUUUUCGUACAACAAACCUGAUUGUUUUUGCACCUAAAAAUGUUCCAAAUGAUUCUAGAAAGAAUGGUUUUAUCGUGUGUGGAGAUGCGUUGAUAGUGGAUCCUGGGUGUCAGUCUAAAUUCCAUGAAGAGCUCAGACAAAUUGUAGCUGCUUUGCCGAGAAAGUUAAUUGUGUUUGUUACUCAUCAUCAUCGCGAUCAUGUGGAUGGUCUUUCAGUUAUUCAACGUUGCAAUCCUGAGGCUACAUUAUUAGCACAUGAAAACACCAUGCGACGCAUUGGGAAAGAUGACUGGUCUCUUGGCUUUACUGCUAUUUCUGGAACUGAAGAGAUUUGCAUUGGCGGUCAGCGGUUGAUUGCCAUUUUCUCUCCGUCAAGGUAGUGCCAUACUGGAUGUUACUUCCGGGGGAAAUAUGACUGAUUACUUUCAAUCAACAUACAAAUUUAUGGAGAUUUCCCCACAUGCUUUGAUCCCCAUGCAUGGGAGAGUUAACCUCUGGCCAAAGCACAUGCUUUGUGGAUAUCUCAGGAACCGUAGAGGUAGAGAAAGUUCCAUCUUGAAAGCGAUAGAAAAUGGAGCUGAAACAUUAUUUGAUAUAGUUGCAAAUGUAUAUUCUGAGGUUGACCGUAGCUUUUGGAUUCCUGCUGCAUCAAAUGUGAGGCUUCACGUGGAUCAUCUAAGCCAGCAAGAUAAGUUGCCAAAGGUAAAGGUUUCAUGACAGUAAUCUGUUUCCUUGGCCUUAUAUGGUAGCAAAGUCACCUGCAUGUAGGUUUUGUGUUGGUAGUUCCAAUACACUUUUUGCAGCAAGCAUACAACACAUUAAAUCCAGAUUUAAACAAAGAGGCAAACACAGAU